CGUUCUCCAUGUCAUUUCCUGUGCUAAUAAGAUGGUGGUCACGGCCGGGAGGGAGGGAGCCGCCGCCGCCUCCGCCGAGCCCGGCCCGGCCCCGGGACCUGUCCUCGCCUGCGCCUAGCGAGCGGGGCCGGCGGGGCGGCGGGGAGGCAGGGCGCAGCCAGCCGGGCCCCCCCACACCCCGGUGCGGAGCGGGCACCCCCCCCCCCGCCCCCGGGACGCCGAGGCGGGCCCCCCGCGCCCGCAGCGCCGAGAACAUGAGUGAAAACUUGAAGGACUGUUUGAACCAGACCCAGGCUUCCUUAGGGGAGAUGGUGACAAUAAAAACAGAGGCCUGCUCUCCACACCGGGACCAGGAGUAUGGACAACCUUGCUCUGGAAGGCCUGAUCCGCAGUCCAUGGAUGUAGAGCCCAAGAAACUGAAAGGGAAACGGGAUUUGAUCGUGACCAAGAGCUUCCAGCAAGUGGAUUUCUGGUUCUGCGAGUCCUGCCAGGAAUACUUCGUGGAUGAGUGCCCCAACCACGGCCCCCCGGUGUUCGUCUCCGACACCCCGGUGCCUGUCGGCAUCCCAGACCGGGCGGCGCUGACCAUCCCGCCUGGCAUGGAGGUGGUGAAAGAGCCCAGCGGGGAGAACGACGUGCGCUGUAUGAACGAGGUGAUCCCCAAAGGUCAUAUCUUCGGACCGUACGAGGGGCAGAUCUCCAGCCAGGACAAGUCUGCAGGAUUCUUCUCGUGGCUGAUCGUUGACAAGAACAACCGCUAUAAAUCCAUCGAUGGGACAGAUGAAACCAAAGCAAACUGGAUGAGGUAUGUCAUCAUCUCCCGGGAGGAGAGGGAACAGAACCUGAUGGCCUUCCAGCACAGCGAGAGGAUUUACUUCCGUGCCUGUCGUGACAUCCGUCCUGGGGAGAAGCUGCGGGUCUGGUACAGCGAGGACUACAUGAAGCGGUUGCACAGUAUGUCCCAGGAGACCAUCAACAGAAAUCUCACAAGAGGAGACAAAAGGUUACAGAGGGAAAAGUCAGAAAAGAAUGUGGAAAAUCAAGAGGACAUGAGGGGGCCACUCCAGCUCACUACAUUAAAGCAAGGGAAGAGCCCCUACAAGCGCAGCUGUGACGAGGGGGAAUCUCACCCCCAAACAAAGAAAAAAAAGAUUGACCUCAUCUUCAAAGAUGUCCUGGAGGCUUCAUUGGAGUCUGCCAAAUUUGAAGAGAACCAGUUAGCAACAAGUACACCACUUUCCAUCAGAACAGCAUCUAAAUACCAGGCUGAAGACAUUUUUGAGAGGUGUGGCACUGCCAUGCAGCACGGCUCCCUGAACCUCAGCAGAAACCGGAGUGAAGAGGAGUGGAAGAUCCCCCAUGGUUCCUCUUUUAGUUCUGCCAAAGAAGUGGGGAUCCUUGAUGACGAUGAAGAAGAGCCUCUGUCUCUGAAAGCAGACAGCCCAACUGAGCUGUCACUGGCCUCUGCGCAGGGCAACUCCCAUGAAAUCCCCACCACCUCCUUCUGCCCUAACUGCAUCCGCCUGAAGAAGAAGAUCCGGGAGCUGCAGGCUGAGUUAGACAUGCUGAGAUCUGGGAAGUUACCUGAGCCACCUGAGCUACCGCCCCAGGUACCCGAGCUCCAAGAGUUCUCAGACCCCACAGCUUCAGAAAGCAUCAUCUCUGUUCCCACCAUCAUGGAGGAUGAUGAUCAAGAGGUGGAUUCUGCUGAUGAAUCAGUUUCCAAUGACAUGAUUGCUGCUACAGACGAGCCUUCCAAGAUGUCUUCUGCAACGGGCCGGAGGAUACGGCGGUUCAAGCAAGAGUGGCUUAAAAAGUUUUGGUUCCUGCGGUACUCCCCGACAUUGAAUGAAAUGUGGUGCCACGUCUGUAGGCAGUACACAGUGCAAUCCUCUCGGACUUCAGCCUUCAUCAUUGGCUCGAAGCAGUUCAAGAUACACACAAUAAAGCUUCACAGCCAGAGCAACCUCCACAAGAAGUGCCUGCAGCUUUACAAGCUCAGAAUGCACCCAGAGAAGACAGAAGAGAUGUGCCGAAAUAUGACCUUGCUCUUCAACACGGCCUACCACUUGGCUCUGGAGGGCAGGCCCUACUAUGACUUCAGGCCUCUGGCAGAACUACUGAGAAAGUGUGAACUCAAGGUGGUGGAUCAAUACAUGAAUGAGGGAGACUGCCAAAUCUUAAUCCACCAUAUCGCCCGGGCUCUUCGAGAGGACCUGGUCGAGCGCAUCCGACAGUCUCCUUUCCUCAGCAUCAUUCUGGAUGGGCAGAGCGAUGACGUGCUUGCCGACACAGUUGCGGUUUAUGUACAGUACACGAGCAGCGAUGGGCCUCCGGCAACUGAAUUCCUGUCUCUUCAAGAACUGGGUUUUUCUACAACAGACAGUUACCUCCAAGCAUUAGACAGGGCCUUUUCCAGCCUGGGAAUCCGACUGCAGGAUGAGAAGCCAACUAUUGGCUUGGGAGUCGAUGGUGCUAACAUUACUGCCAGCCUGAGAGCUAACUUGUUCAUGACAAUCAGAAAGACCUUGCCGUGGCUUCUCUGCCUGCCCUUUAUGGUACACAGACCUCAUUUGGAGAUUUUGGAUGCAAUCAGUGGGAAAGAACUGCCGUGCCUGGAGGAGCUGGAAAACAAUCUGAAGCAGCUGCUCAGUUUCUAUCGUUACUCUCCCCGACUGAUGUGCGAGCUGAGGGUCACUGCUGCCACUCUGUGCGAGGAGACUGAGUUCUUGGGGGACAUUCGAGCAGUGAAGUGGAUCAUUGGGGAGCAGAAUGUGCUCAACGCUCUCAUCAAGGAUUACCUUGAGGUCGUGGCCCAUCUCAAAGACGUCAGCGGCCAGACCCAGAGGGCAGAUGCUUCCGCGAUUGCCUUGGCCCUCCUCCAGUUCCUAAUGGACUACCAGUCGAUUAAACUCAUCUACUUCCUGCUGGAUGUGAUUGCUGUGCUUUCACGCCUUGCCUAUGUCUUCCAAGGGGAGUACCUUCUUGUGUCGCAGGUGGACGAUAAAAUAGAGGAGGCUAUCCAGGAGAUCAGUCGGCUAGCAGACUCGCCUGGGGAGUACCUGCAGGAAUUUGAGGAAAACUUCCGUGAAAGCUUUAAUGGCAUUGCUGUGAAAAACCUACGGGUGGCUGAAGCCAAAUUCCAGUCAAUCAGAGAAAAGAUCUGCCAGAAGACCCAGGUGAUCCUAGCCCAAAGGUUCGAUUCCCGUAGCCGGACAUUUGUGAAAGCCUGUCAGGUAUUUGACCUUGCAGCUUGGCCCAGAAGCACUGAUGAGCUCAUGAGCUAUGGGAAGGAGGAUAUGGUACAAAUAUUUGAACACCUGGAGACGGUCCCAUCAUUUUCCAGAGAGGUUUGCAGAGAGGGGAUGGACACCCGAGGGAGUUUGCUGAUGGAGUGGCGAGAACUCAAGGUGGAUUAUUAUACCAAAAAUGGUUUUAAAGACUUACUCAGUCACAUUUGUAAAUACAAACAGAGAUUCCCCCUCCUAAAUAAAAUAGUUCAGAUCCUCAAAGUCCUUCCCACCUCAUCGGCCUGCUGUGAGAAGGGGCGCAACGCCCUGCAGAGAGUGCGCAAAAACAACCGCUCUCGGCUCACACUGGAGCAGCUCAGUGAUUUGCUGACGAUUGCCGUUAAUGGGCCGCCCAUUGCCAACUUCGAUUGCAAACGGGCGCUAGAUAGUUGGUUCGAGGAAAAGUCGGGCAAUAGUUACGCACUGUCAGCUGAGAUGCUGAGCAGGAUGUCGUCUCUCGAUCAGAAGCCGAUGUUGCAGAGCAUGGACCAUGGCUCUGAGUUUUACCCCGAUAUUUAGAAAGGAAUGCCUCAGAUCAGAAAGCUGUUGAAUAAUUUUUUUAAUCUAUACUCUAAACUUUGAUAUAUUAUAUAAAAUAUAUAUAUAUAUUAUAUAUAUUAAGGAAAAACCCACACUGAAAAUUUAAAAGUUAAGACGAUGUGCGUCUGAUAGAAGCUAAGCAGAAUUUUAAAGAUUGAGACAAUGUUUAGAAAUUUACUGGUGUCUCCAACCAUGGCAGCUGCAGUGUAGGUGGCAACAUUUCAUUCUUUAGAAGCAUGUGCUGGGGCCAUACUCUACAUGUUCAAACCUAACAAUCUAUAAGCUAGAUGACGGGUCUUUGUCAGCCUCCUUCUCCCGGCGGUUUCCUUUGUAUGUGUGUUGUUGGUUUGUUGGGUUGAUUUUUGUGUCGUUGUUGUUGUUGUUGUUUUCCUCAGUUUUAAUCUCUGCCUCUCUUUUCGUUGUUCAGUCCAGUUAUUGAGCCAUUUGAGCCUUUUGUUGACGACCGUCAGAUUUCUGAUUUCCGACAGAGCAUCCUGUGCGUUCGUGUUGUCCCUGGCUGCCCAGCUCCACCUGGUGCUCUCUGUUCGAGUGGGAGCUUCUUGCACUCACAGAGGUUACUGGGUGGAGGGAAGGGCUGGGGCUGGGUUUUUGGUUUUUUUUUUUCAGAAACACAUGCCUCCACUAAACUGUGAUGCCCCUUUCUCAGUUCUCCCUACUUUUGGGCUGUAGAGUAAUACUUGGCUUUCAGCUCCUUUUAUGAUAACCAUAGUACCAGUCUAUCAUACAUAUAUUAUAACAUGAUGUCAUGUGCAGACUAUAAAAUAGCAAAAUAGAGAAGGCAGGGGGAAAUUUUUGCAUUUAUAUUUUUAUAUUGUAGGAAAUAAAUAUAUAUAUAUAUAUAUAUACAACUAUUCAUUCAAAACCAGGGCUGCUGUGGAAGCUAGACAGCCAAUGAGUCAAGAGCCAUCUCUGGGCAGAGAUUCAAAGGCUUAAAAAAUUAUAUUCUAAUUUACAUUAUUUAUACUAUGUCUUUAUAAUCCUAGAUUGUUGUGGGGUUUUUGUUUGUUUGUUUUGUUUUGUUUUGUUUUGUUUGGAAUGACUGAAAGAAAAACCUGCUGCAGUUUGGUAGCAGGGGCUAUCAAUGCAAGAUUAUCUUGGAUUAUAAUCAUGUGAUGAUGUCCUAUAAAGGUUCACGUAUUCUCUUGUGACCAAGGUAACAUGUUCCACAGCACAGCAGACUGAUGACAGCAGGAAGAAGGGAUGCUCUACUUCUUCCUGUGAAACAUUUCUUCCUUUCUUGAAGGGAUGCGGAGUCCAGCCGAAAUGUGAAUGGGGGACUUGCACCUUCUAUCACAAAAGAGAUUGUUCUGUGGGCUUGGGGUUCUUCUUUGUUUUAUUGUUGUAAAGUAAACGAGCUCCACGCUUUCACAAAAAUAUCACUUCAGGUUAGAAAAGCAAAAAAAAAAAAAAAAAAAAAAAAAAGAAACAAAAAAGGUGCAAAAACUCCACAGAUGCUAGUGCCUUGCCCCGCUGAUGUGGCAUGGACAGCACCAACCUGACCAGACCAUCAUGGGAGUGAGAACCUGUUGUCCAGAAGGUCUCCGAGCUGACAGGUUCUCACUUCCCAGAGGGAUGAGCUUUGUGCCAAGCUGUGUUGUUUGGAAACAUGAUGGUGGUAUCAGCAACACUGAACCUUUCCUUUCUCCUGUUACCCCCCUGCCCUUGGUCUUGGUGCUAAGAUAUCUCUAGAACCGUUGCUGCUAGUUGAUAGCUUUUCAUUUAUAUAAAUAUAUAUAUAUAUAUAAUAUUAUUUUAUUUUUUAAACUUUUUUCGUUUGUUUUCAAUGGAGAUGUAGCAUGUUUGGAACCGAUCUCUCUCGGAGUCACUUUCACUGCCAGGGUUCACACACUGUCUUCCCCAGGAAAACACACACCUCUACCUAGAUCUCACUCACCUCCCACUAACCCGUUCGCCCUCAGCAGACCGGCACGGUUAAUGUCGGUGGGCAACCAAGCCACUGCCUACCGGCUCAGCUCUCUGACCCGCGGACACAGCCAGGCUGGUGUUUUUGUCCGAGCUUUGGAAAUGCUUUCCCUCUAUCCCCAUGGCGAGGAGGAGAGGUGGAGCCUGGCUGGAGCUCUUGCUGUGGCCAACCCUUGCCUCCUCUGCCCCAACUCAGCCCCGGUGUGGUUUGAGAGGGGCAGAGCAGCUCCCGCACAUGCCGCGGGAUGGCCAGGCGGGCGGGCUGCAGUCCGUAGCACUUACACCCUUUCCCUCAUACCGUACCUCAGAUGACGUGUGGCCUGCCGCGGGCUCGUUCAGAUGGGGGGGAGCAAAUGUGCCGGGGCCCCCCGUGUGCCUCCGAACAGUGGGUGGGCACGGACACUUCUCCCCGCUACCCUCUGGCACGUUGCGGACUAGGUUGGGGCAUCGCUCCGUAGUGGUGCCGGGGCAUCAAUACACAGCGCCUAGCAAGCAGAAAAUUGUUUUAUUUGCCUAAACUGUUCUUGCAUUUUUUUUCCCUGCCUUUCCCAGUAAAUGAUGUGAUCAAAUUGAUCCAUUUGCCUAAAGGUGUAAGAGUUAAGCCGGAAGCCCUCCGGCAUGGUACAGACUCAAGGCAGCUCUUUGUGUGACCACAAAAUAGGGAUCUCUGUACACGAGCUGUUUGUGGCCCUCCAGACCCAGCAGUUGGUUUUUGCUCAUGGUGCUGCCGUAAAGCUGACGGAUCUGUUUCCUUCCAGGGAGAUGGCAUGUCUCCUCCUUAAUUACAAUUUGAGGAGGUGGUAAAAGCAAAAAGAGAGUCCCUGUAGAGGAAUUGCUGCUCGGUGGGUCCCUGACCUGGAGAUGGGCGAGGUAAACUUAGAUGUUGGAGACAGGCAGAUGUAGGAGAGUCUUCCUGCUCAAGGUGUGCACAGAUGUCUAGGGAAGUGUGGCAGCAGGAGCAAAAAUAACAAAAAUAUAUAUAUACUUGCUGUGAGCUGCUGUAAGAGAGGCCAGCAAGACAGUUUCCCUCCUCCUCUUUUUUAAUUUUCCUUUUCUCAACUCCAUACCUCUUUGUGGGGGAGAAAAAAAAAUCACCUGCCUUACUGUUUGCAGCACUGAAAACUCCUUGGCAUGGGGCUUUUUUUCAUGGAAGCCUACGUGAGGGAAGAGACACUUGGGAACAGGCUCCAGGCACCUCUGUAAACAGGAACAAUUCCCCAGUGCUUGUGCUGAGCCGCCUAAAAUGCCUGCGUGCAGCCUCCACUCCAAACCUCUUUGCUUUUUUUGCCACUGGGGAAAAAAAUGGUACCUUGCCUUGGUUGGCAAGGUAAAAGCUGCCAGAGACUUGUUCAGAAAUGAUUCCUGUAAUUUGCCACUCCUUCCUUUUGGUUCAUUUGCAAAUCCCACUUUCAUCAGCGACAUCUUUCACUGGGUGCUCUUAUUCCCAGCGGCAAAGUGAAACGUGCAGCGGGUGGCUUUUUCUCCAGGCAGCCAGCUGAAAAAGGGAAAGCGUUUGUUUCUUUUGCAAAUAACUUUGCGUGUGUCCGUGAGCAGGGUCUGUGGGAAGAACAAUUCCCCAGGACUGGAUAUUGCUGAUACCCAUGAGCGGGAAAGGUCAGAGACCCCUUGCAUUGGUCAUGGGGGGAAAUGAGCACUCGGUGCAGCAGCCGCAACACAAAGAACUCCCCAUCACCCCCACAUGAGAAAAUAAACCCAGCCUUUGUACUAGACAAAUGCAGGUGCUUUGCAAGUUUUCCCUCCAGGUUUAUCCACCUAUCUCAGAUCUGUAGCUGUUACUCACAUGGAUAGUCCUGUGGAUGGAAACGUGACUGCCCGCACGAGCAAGACUGGGGGGGGGAGAGGAAUAACAAUGCAAAGCGCCCUUGGCUUUUCGGCACCCUGCCUGGCCAGCCUUUCCUGAGAGCAGGUGCCUUUCUGUGCCCUGUUUGCAAAUGCAAGCAGCCGGCUCGAGGGGAUGCGAGGCCGGGCAGUGGCAGUGGUAAGGAGGUCACGGUGCAGGGCAGAGAGAGGCCACCUUGGCUGGGAGGUCGCGGUGCACCGGCUUUAAUCAGUGCCCUUCCCGCUGCCCUGACCCAAGGGGAAGGUUGUUUUGAGCAUAUUGCUCACAGCAUCUUGAGCGGCCACAGCAGCAGAGAGGAGGGGUUUGUUUUUCUCAGAUGAGCUCUUUAUCUUCUCCUCCCCUCCCCUUCCUAGCUAGGGCAUCUGACUGUGAAUAACAUGCACCUCUUCAGACCCCCAGGGUUUGGACUUCUAGCCCAUGGGCUUUUUGGUUGCCAAUUUUUGCUCAAGCUCCUUGACUCUUAUCACCUGCUGCGAAGCAGAACCCCUUAAGCACAUCCUUCUGCAGGGCUCACCCGUGGCUGCGGGAUCCAGGGCCCUCUGGCCACGAGACCGAACUCAGCAGGGAUAAUCCUCACGGAACAAGAGACCAAAGCUCUUCCCAUACCAGCAGCAGCGCGCGGGAGCCGUGGGGAGGAGAGGCAGUGGGCAGGGUCCCGGUGUGUUGUCCAUGCUGGGGUUUGCGCUGACCCCAGCAAUGUCCCCCGUGCCAGUUGCGCUUUUGCUGAUAGGAAUCCUCAGACGUGAUUCAGGCUCCGUCUAUUUCUUUCUCACAGCACAAACUCAACCAGGUGGCCCGCAGGGUCUUCGGUGUCCCCUUUCCUUUUUAUCUCAUUUGUAUUGCUGUUUGACCGAUGGGUAAAACACCUUAAACAGCCGGCUUGCAAAUAAGCAGCAACAUGCUCUGCUUUUGCAGAUUCCCCUCUCAGCCCUGUCGAAAGAGGUCUUAAAAGCAGAGAAAUGGUACGUUGCUCCCCCAGCCAUUGUAUUCAAUGCAGUAAUGCCUAUGCAAUUCCUGUCUCCCUUGGAGACAUGUAUGAUGUGUGUGCAUGUAAGCUAGUGUAUGUAUACAGUACAUAUGCAUACAGUCUAUAUAUUGUAUAUACGCACAUCCCAGUACAUAUACACACCGUACAAAAGAUAAAAAUCACAUGCUUAUAUAUCUAUAAAUAAAAUCCUAUAUAUUUAUAUAUUUCUAUGUUUUCGAUAGAUAUAAAGAUAUAAUAUAGAGAUAGAAUCAACCACCCUUGUGUAAGGCUGGCCCUGUGUUCUGGCACAAGGCAUGUAACACUGAAGACUUUGGACUUUGGGACAGUUUUAGCCAUACACUGAGGCCUACAUUUACACAUAUAGCACUCUACAGAGAGGGGCUUUGCUGUGGUUAGGGCAAGGGGGCUCCUUGCUGGCAUGUUCACCAAGUGCUCAAUAAGGUUUGUGUAACACAGGAAUGUCAUGGUGUGGGAGCACACUCGAGUGUCCUUGUCUUCUUCUGAGUAAGCCUUUGGUGAAGGUCCUGUGUGCUCACACUUGGACAGACGUGUAUCCCACCCUCAUAUGCACUUUUCUGUCUCUGCAUGGAUGUGGUUGGCAACUGAGCGUACCCGUGCCGCAAAAGCAUGGCUCUACUUUUCCCACCUGCUGUCACUAGCACAGCACGGGGCAAGAGAGCGCGUUUGCACAGGUUAUCAGUCAGUCGGUGAUCAGCGAUGUAGCUGGAAUAAAGCAAGGAGAGCCGAUGCGUUGUGAGUUGAGGGAUGGUCACACGGUCAGAGCUGGCAGGGACGCUCCCUAUGGAGCCAGAGCGGCGAGCAAGAAGGGCUUGCCGCACAAGCAGACCUGUGCUUACGUGCCCAGCAUAUCUGUGCUGGGACUUGGGGUGGGUCCAGGCAGUGGCUCCCGUGGUUCAGCUCCUCCACCUGCCCCCAUGCCUCUCUCCUCAGGCGGCAGCUGUCGGCACGGGCCCAGCAGUGGGUCUGGCGGUGACAGGCCACGAGCAGAGGCCUGGCUGGGCCUGGUGGCCACCUCACCGCACGCUCGGUUGUUUCCAUUUUCACCUUCUGCUGGGAGGAGGGUGGGCGAUAAUCCCAACAGUUGGCUUACACUGGUAUCGCACGAGCCGGCGCUGUGCAAGCUCCCCCCAAACUCCACAUCCCCCCCCCCCCCGCCAUAACAAGGCCUCUCGCCUCCACACAACUGGUAAUCCACCUCAGCCCGCAGCGGGCAGCUCCCGGCCCCGCUCCUCACCAACCUCAGAGAGGGUUUCCUCGCUCCCGGCCCCCUCCUCCGGAUGCCACUGACACUCAUGCAGGCUCGGCCAGCGGGCACGCUGCCGCCGGGCCACGGACUCUGAUGCACUGCACCUCACGUCGAAUAAGCUCGCUGGGCCAGGUGGGGGAACCGCGUCUCAUAAUGCUGUAAUGUCCCAGAUGCUACGGGAGGGCUGCAGAGCUUUCUGCCAGUCGUGGCGUCCUCACGGGCUCACCCGACUGUUGGCGAGAUGCGUUUCUCGUUCUUACUUCCAGAAAACAGAAGGUUUUGUCCCAAACCUCUCCGUACCCCCACCCAAGCACAGCCCUGCUGAACUGUUUCAAGCUAUCUCACACCCACCCACCCACCACACACACACACACACA